GAGGCAAGACCGCCUCCUGCUCCCAAACUCUCUUGUUCCAAACCUGAAACCCCGACCUCGCCGGAGAACAGUUCACCACCUCGACGGCGAUGGCGGCGGAAGCUCCGGGCUCGUCGGCCUUCCCGCAAGAGGAUAUGCUCCUGCGGUCCCUCUCUGCGCGCGGGUGGCGCUUCCGGGACGCCGCGGACGAGGCCAUCCAGGCCCUCCUCCACUCCUCCCCUUCGCCGUCGCCGGAGGCCGUGGAGGCGGAGCUCCUCGACACGGACCUCAGGAACUUCGGGGGGAAGUCCCUCCCCGACCGCGCCGCUGCCACCGCGCCGAAGCGGCUUUCCUACCUCCACGGCCCCCUCGUCCUGCAGGUAGUAUCUGUAAGAGAUAUAUAUAGCAGCAGCAUUGAUGCUUCCUUUAAAAACCCACAGCAACGGCGCCUUCUGCGGUUUGGCCUCACUGAUGGGAUUUCUGAAGCAGUGGCCAUAGAGUUUUCCCCUAUUCCGUUCAUCACUGAAGAUAUAGCUCCGGGUACCAAGAUUCGUCUUGAGAAUAGGAUUCCAGUUAAUCAUGGCAUAUUGUGCUUGAGUGCAAAAAAUGUAAGCAUCAUCGGAGGAACUGUUCAAUCUUUGUAUGAGGAGUGGCAAAUGAACAAGAAAUUCUCGGGCUUAUCACGCCCAUCAUUGAGGUUGUCUCAAAAUGAUGAUGGUGUUGGCCCUCCACCUUUUGAGAAGUUAGAUGUUGAUGCACGUCCGAACAGAACAAUCCAGUUGCAAGCAUAUCCUGAUCAUAAAGCUAGGGACUUGGGAACCACUCGUGAUCCUGUGUGGGUUAAUUCCAAUAGCAGACCCAUGAAUGAGGGUUCAAGUGAUAUGAACAGAGAGACUACAGGAAACAAAGUUGAAUCUAGACAGUCUAGUUCAGAUGUCAGACCAAAAGAAGUAAGCGAAGCUGUUCCGGUUCAAAACCAAGCUGCCGCACAAAAGCUGCUGCAGAAAAUGGCUAUGCCUGAAGAUAGAUAUGGUCGGGGUCGAUUCAAGGGUAAGAGCAAGGAAGAAGAUACUCCGGUCUUUACCCUCGAUGAAUGGGAGAGGAGAAAAGCAGCCGGUUCCAAGUCCACAGCACAAAGCUACAUGCAAGACACUAGUCGAGAUGAGGAGCUGGCAAGACAGCUCCAGGAGCAACUGGAUUUAGAAGAUUCCCAUGGAAUGCCGGUGAGAUCGGAGGCUGAACAAUUACGGAUGAACAUGUUCAGCUUCAAUGACCCUGAACAAAUGGGUGGUGGCAGAAGAGAUUUUCGAGGGCGCGGGCGAGGAAGGGGCCGAGGACGAGGGCGAGGCAGGGGUAGAUUUUAGGCGCGAUUUCGCAACUGUGGUAGUGUGGUUUUAAGGCAGGAAAUAUUUAAGCGCAAUUUUGUAACUGUGGUUUUUAGGGUAGACCCCGAAUGGUAGUGGUAGUUGUAUAAUGAUGAUAAUCUGGAAAAAAAAGAGAGGAGGUUGUAGUAUGCUGACCUUUAACUCUUUAAGCAUGUUCCUUUGUCCCAUUUAGAUUUGUGUGGAAUUGGCAUA